CAUGCGUCAGUACCAGAUGUCUGACAUCACAAACAAAAAAAAAAUGGCACACGCACUCUCCUACUUUUUCAAACUAUAAAUUAGUCAUUGUCAUAUCAUUUAUAUCUACGAAACAUUUAACUUACUGAGUUAAAAUAAAAAAAUUAGUUCUAAUUAUAUCUACAUACAUCAAACAGUAAACCAACUUCCAAUAAAAUUACAUAUAUUUGUGCAACAGUUAAAAAACACCGUUCAAAAAAUGUUCAAAUUCAAACCUUUCCUUUUAAAAAAAAAUCCAGUGGCCGGUUCUGAAAAACCAUCUGCACGCAGGUUAAUACUAAAUACCAAUAAUAAUAAUACGAUAACAUUUUAUACUUAUUACGCCGUACAAUAUGUCUGGAGUUACAAUCUAUCAUCGCGUCAGUAUAAACUCUUAGAAGCGAUUAAAUAUGACGACAAUAGAUUACCUCUCAAUAACAACAAAAUGAUCGGCAUUACUUCUGAAAACAAUAAUUUGAUAAUUUGCUGGAUGAGUGGUCAUUUACGUUCAUCACCAUUUGUGUAUUUACACACGUGGAACUUGAUAACUAAUCAUGCUUAUACGGUCGUUACUAACAAUAGUGACGUAAUAUUGAAAUAUGGCGCGUACCCGAGAAAUUUAAUUCGUCAUGGCGAUUAUUAUUACACGAUUUCCGCGGAUGAAUGUUAUAAUAAAGGAUUUAUUUUCGGAGUUUAUCGAUUGCAUAUCGCUAGUAAUUCAUGGGAGUGUGUGUACGACUUAAAUGAAUUAGAUUCCGAUUCAAGUCCGUUGACAAAAGUCCCAAAGACAUUAAUUUGUGAUGGAAAAAUGAUUUACUGUUUGGUAUUUACGGAGUCGGAUGAAUCGUUACCGCUGUGUAAAAUAUCGGGAUUCAAUUUAGUCGAUUCUAAAUGGUAUAUUUUAGACACUAUUGGUGACGAUAGUGCCGGUAAUUCUUGUUACCCGAUUCAGAGAAACAAUUUUGAUGUUACUCAGUACAAGGAUCCAGAUACUGGUGAUACCUAUGGUAUUUUAUCAGGUGGGACUAAUUAUACGGAUGCCUUUAGUGAUAUUUGGAAGAUAAAUUUGAAAACUUUAACAUGGACAUGUCUUGGAAAAUUUGGACUAGUGUUGCCUCAUCCGAUAGAUUUUCAUUCAACGACUGUCACUGCGGCUGGAAGGCUUGUACUUUGUGGUGGCGACUAUUCGUUUGCUAAACAAAAUUGGAGAAACAAUCCAACAAUUUAUUCUGCUUGGUUGAGAGUUCCAAAACUUACGGAUAUUUGUUGGGAUGCAGUUUUACAUUAUUGUCCAGAUUUACCUUUGAAAUCUGAAGAAGAAAUAACAUCAUAUGGUAUUCCAAUAAAAUUUUUUCACUCUCGAAUCAGUUAAUAGUUUAUUUAUUUUUAAAAAAUUUUAAUAUUUAAAAAAAAUACAACUAUUGAAAGUACAAACAAAUUGUCAAUUAAGUAAAAUAAUUAAGACUGUCAAUAAAUAUAUAAAUUUUAAAUAAAUAUU